AUGUUAGAGGAACUUAUUUUGGACAAUAAUAAUCUGAAUUUCACGUCCAUUACCAUUUUUAACACUCUCGAAAACUUGGCCAGUUUGAGUCUGAAAAACGCAUUGUAUUCGCCAGAAGCUGUCAACAGUCUCAGACAUUCCUUGGUUAAAUCGAAUCUACCGAAACUCAAAUAUCUAUGGCUAGACUCCAACCAACUCGUCUUGCUGCCGGUGCGACUUUUUUACGUCAAUAAGGGGGCCGUAAACUCGCAGCGACUUGAGGUGAUCUCCCUUAAAAACAAUAGCAUUGGAACCAUCGAAUACGGCACGUUCAACUCAUCAGUUUUGAAACAUCUGAAAACGAUCGACCUCAGGGAUAACGGCUUAUACACGUUGGAUAAAACUGUACUCUCGGAAUUCGACAAGUUUCCCAAUCUCACCAUCAAGUUGUUUCCAAACACUUUCCGAUGCAAUUGUGACCUCCGGUAUUUUCACGCCUGGAUGCAGAGUACCAAUGUCACCCUGCCAGGCAAAGAAAAACUGGUAUGCGCCGAAGGCUACUAUCCGUAUGAAAACGCCAACCAAAACAUAAUGAGUUUAGAUGCAGCAGACUUUAAAUGUCAGCAUGCGAUAGCAGUUGAACACUACUUGGAACCAUCUUACGUAAUCCUCGGAAUCAUUCUGUCUUUCCUUAUCGCGUGUAUAUUAGGAGUUGUAUUCCUCCGCCGAAAGCAGAUAAAAGUUGGGUUAAGAAAUGUUUUUCUAGCCGCCAGAGAAUCUAUUGAAAGUGGUCCAUAUGGGGAGCGCCGUGGUUAUGUGGACAUCUCCAAGAAUGGAAGGGAGUCUCCUGAUCCAGACCCCCCAGCUGUUCAUCUUUAAAACCAGGCACACCGCUGGAAUGCAUUUUCUGAAAAAGUGGGGUCGAUGUCAAAACUAUGGUGAUAAUAACAUUAUGCACAUUUUGUUGAAUAAUGGUUAUGAGAAUUUAUUAUUAUCCAGUCAGACCUGUGUAUAGUGACCAUCCAAAGUACUUAAAGAAUAAUUAAAUACCAA